UGUUGUCGUCGGGUAUUUUCGGAUGGUGAAUGGUUAUAUAAACAGUGUGCUGCAAAACGCUUUUCAAAGCAUUUUAAAGAAUUAGAUAACUUUUUUCUUUUUAAAUACAUUGUCAACUACCACCAUAAUGUUGACAUUAUCACGUCCUCUUGUCAUUCAUCCUAGCAUCCUACGCCCUUCGUCCCGUCUCCUUGCUUCUGCGUUUCUGAGCCCAGUCCGCACCCAAAGCACAACUCCUGCAUCUGUAUCAGCCUCACCAACAGUCACCGGCCCUCAUCCAAAGCUCGGCACCGAUCCCAACGCUGCAACAUGGAGAAAAAUGGAACAGAAGCAGGAACCGGAUAUCGUAAAAAAGAAAACUUACAUGCUUCGCCAUCCGGUUUAUACCCCACAGGAACUGGAAGCGGUUAAAUUCACCCAUAAAGAGCUGGCAGGGGUGAGGGAUCAGAUUGCAUUUGCCCUGGUUCGGCUGAUGAGGUUCGGAUUUGAUACCGCGACGAAUUACUCGGAUAAGAUUGGUGUUAUGACUGAAAAGCAGUGGUUGAAUAGAAUCGUGUUCCUCGAAACCGUCGCUGGUGUUCCUGGCAUGGUUGGCGGCAUGAUGCGCCACCUUCGCUCCCUCCGCCUGCUCCGUCGCGACAAUGGCUGGGUCCACACUCUCCUCGAGGAAGCAGAAAAUGAACGGAUGCACCUCCUCACUUUUAUGAAAUUGAAACAGCCCUCCAUUUUGUUCCGAGCAAUGGUCCUCAUGGGCCAAGGCGUCUUUUUCAACCUCUUCUUCGCCUCAUACAUACUCUCACCUCGUGCCUGCCAUCGGUUUGUUGGAUACCUCGAAGAGGAAGCUGUUCACACCUACACCAACUGCUUGAAGGAUAUUGAAGUAGGGAAGAUCCAGCACUGGGGAACGACCCCUGCACCCGACAUUGCAAAAGAAUACUGGAGGCUAAAGGAAAAUGCAACAUUGAGGGACGUAGUAGCUGCUGUGAGGGCAGAUGAGGCAGAGCAUCGGGAUGUCAAUCACACGUUGGCUGGAUUGAGACCUGAUGAUCCAAACCCGUUUUGAAAGGAUGGAAUUGAAUUGUGUAAAACUAAUGAUUUUGGACGUUUCUGUGAUAUAAAUAUAUGGUAUCCCAUUGUUUUGAAUCGAUAAGACUUGCUAUCCUACAAUGAGUGCA